UUCCCUGUGUUCUGACUGGUUGACUCCCUCCACCGUAAUCUUGGUUGUUCGUGGGGUGGGUUAAGGAGUGCUUGGCUCCCAGCGGCGAUCUGUGUGUGGUUUCGGGCCCUAGAAACAUUUUGGAUUUGCUUGCAUUCCUCCUUCUGAAGAACCGAGGUCGGCCACCAGGUUUGGGAGAUUUGAAACGCGGGGCUGGUUUUCCUCCCUGUUUUCCGGUUCUACCCGCAGGAACCUUCGGGGAAGCGUGGAAGGAUGGGAAGGGCGUGCGCCUGCUGACCGGCCCCAUGCUGCCUCUGCGUGGCCGCGGUGUCCCACCUUGGCUGGCUGCUGUAUGGAAUCGUACGCUUGUCACUUCAGGCCGAAGCUUUGUUUGUUAAUAGAAGUGAAACGGAUGCGUUGAGAGGGGACAAAGAUUUUAAAAGGUCUUUCCCCUACCCAACUUCCCCAAAGACCCCAAAGACAGAUUACAGAUUUAUCUAGUUUGCCGACACGAGCUCUUGAAUGUUCAGCGGACAAGGGCUUAAAUAUAAGAGAGUGGGAACUCCUAACAUUUUAAGGGAUUUGUGUGUAUUUCCAAAACUGACUUUUGACCGCCAUCCAACACCUGCAGCGUGAGAUUCCUGAGCGUCUCGCCAUCCUGCGGCUCUAACAUGUUCUGUUGGUUAAGUCGGCUGUACGGGGGUUUAUCCAGACCCACUAGAAGGACCACACAGCUGAUCUGGGGUUCUUUCUCCCGAAGUCUGGUACUGAGUUCACAGAGGAGAAUUCCAGAACUCAGUAGUUUUGUUGCCCGGACCAACACGUGUGGAGAGUUGCGUCCUUCUCACUUAGGCCAAGAAGUCACCUUGUGUGGAUGGAUUCAGUACCGAAGGCAAAACAUCUUCCUGGUCCUAAGAGAUUUCCAUGGGCUUGUUCAAGUUAUCAUUCCUCAGGAUGAGUCGGCUGCUUCUGUGAAGAAGAUUUUAUGUGAAGCCCCCAUGGAAUCUGUGGUGCAAGUGUCCGGGACAGUAAUUUCCCGACCUCCAGGACAAGAGAAUCCAAAAAUGCCAACAGGUGAGAUUGAAAUCAAAGUUAAAACAGCUAAACUUCUGAAUUCCUGCAAGAAGCUGCCCUUUGAAAUUAAGGACUUUGUGAAGAAAACAGAGGCUCUUCGUUUGCGGUAUCGCUACUUAGAUUUGCGUGGUGUCCAAAUGCAGUAUAACCUGCGACUGAGGUCCCAGAUGGUCAUGAAAAUGCGGGAAUAUCUCUGUAAUCUACAUGGGUUUGUGGAUAUAGAAACACCAACAUUAUUUAAAAGGACUCCAGGGGGUGCAAAAGAGUUUGUAGUACCAUCCAGGGAACCUGGAAAGUUUUAUUCUCUCCCUCAGAGUCCUCAGCAGUUUAAGCAGCUUCUGAUGAUUGGUGGUUUAGACCGAUAUUUUCAGGUUGCCCGAUGUUAUCGAGAUGAAGGAUCAAGACCAGACAGACAGCCCGAAUUUACUCAGAUUGACAUAGAGAUGUCCUUUGUAGAACAGACUGGCAUCCAGAGUCUAAUUGAGGGUUUGCUCCAGUAUUCAUGGCCCAGUGACAAAGAUCCUGUGGUGGUUCCUUUUCCUUCUAUGACUUUUGCUGAGGCAUUGGCCAGCUAUGGAACUGAUAAACCUGACAUUCGCUUUGGGAUGAAGAUUGUAGAUAUCAGUGAUAUGUUCAGAAACACAGAGGUUGGAUUUCUUCAAGAUGUGCUUAGUAAACCCCAAGGAACCAUCAAAGCCAUAUGUAUCCCUGAAGGAGAAAAAUACUUAAAAAGGAAAGACAUUGAGUCCAUUAGAAAAUUUGCAGCUGACCAUUUUAAUCAGGAAGUCUUACCUAUAUUCUUGAAAACCAAUAACUGGAAUUCUCCAGUUGCUAAGUUCAUAAUGGAGGAGCAAGGCUUGGGACUAAUCAGACUGUUGGAGACCCAAGAGGAGGAUGUGGUCCUGCUAACUGCCGGAGAGCAUAAGAAAGCAUGCUCUUUGUUGGGAAAAUUACGACUGGAGUGUGCUGACCUUCUAGAAGCAAGAGGAGUGGUGCUUCGUGACCCAGCUCUGUUCUCUUUCCUUUGGGUUGUGGAUUUCCCCCUCUUCUUUCCCAAGGAGGAAAAUCCCAAAGAGCUGGAGACAGCCCAUCACCCAUUUACUGCUCCCCACCCCAGUGACAUCCACCUCCUUUACACUGAGCCCCAAAAGGUCCGUAGCCAACACUAUGACUUGGUUUUAAACGGCAGUGAGAUAGGAGGUGGUUCUAUCCGAAUUCAUGAUGCAGAGCUACAGCAUUACAUCCUGGCAACAGUACUAAAGGAAGACGUGAAAUUGCUCUCCCACCUGCUCCAGGCUUUAGAUUAUGGGGCGCCCCCUCAUGGAGGAAUUGCCAUAGGGUUAGACAGACUGGUGUGCCUUGUCACUGGAGCGCCAAGCAUCAGAGAUGUCAUAGCCUUCCCCAAAUCUUUCCAGGGGCACGACCUUAUGAGCAAUGCCCCAGAUUCUAUCCCGCCUGAGGAACUGAAGCCCUAUCAUAUCCAGGUCUCCUGGCCAACAGACUCAGAAACAGAAAAGAGUUCAUUGAAUCAUCCAUGCCAUCCAGAAAGCUGAGCUUUUGAGUUUUGUCCUCUUUGCUUCCCCAAGGCUAAAAUCAGAUCUGGAGUUCAGCCACAGAUCUGACUUCAAGUUUUUAAAUGGAAGGAAUCCAGGCAACAUUCUUCACCUCAAUGAAGAAACAGAUAAAAGGUAUCCAAUUUUAACGAGAGCAUGCAUUAUUAGGAUUAUUUUAUUUGGGACUUUUUUGAGUCAUAUUCCCUUGCUAAACUGUAAACCUCUUAAGGUACUUUUUAAACUCAACUUUUAUUUUCCCUUUAGCAACUUCUUGUAUUGUGUGGCACCUAGUGGACCCUCAGUGUGUAUUUAAAUUGAAUUAUCUUUUGAAUUUCAGGAAGACGUGAAAUUGCUCUCCCACCUGCUCCAGGCUUUAGAUUAAAAAAAACUUGGAGAGGUGUGAAACAUGGCUCUUUGACAGAGUAACUUGGAGAGGUGUGAAACAUGGCUCUUUGACAGAAUAACAUAAUGGCAUAGUGUUUUCUAAUCAUGUUUUUCAUACCCAGAUAGUAGAUUGUUCUCUUAGGACAGAGGUAAUCAAACCAUAUGUGAAAUGUGGGAAGAUUCUUGCCCCUUUAGACUGGUCCAUUGAUGGAGGGGUCAGUUCAACCAGCCUCAUCAAAAGAAUCCUAUAAAGUAAGCUGGAUAAUGACAUUUCAGCUAUUAACAUAAUAUAGUGAGAAGCAACAUGAUAUAAAGUAAAAAAUCACUGAAAUAAAAGUCACAAAAUCUUAAUCAGUGCUUUACCUUGCAAGUUGUAUAAACCUCUCUUAGCGUCCCUUCCUGCAUGUGUGAAAUGUAAACAGUACUUGCCCUGGCUCCCUCACUGGCCUCUUCUUGCCAGAAUCCUAGGAGAUAAUAUAUGUGGAAGACAGUGUGAGUGAAAAUGCUUUGAAAAACUUUAAAGCAUUACUUAAAUGUAAGAUAAUGAUAUUAUCCAUCUGUAAACAGUAUACAGAUAUAUGUAUUUUAUAGUUUAAGGUUAAACAAAACUGACAUCUGUGGUAAAAGGAAAACAGUAAUUUCAUUAAUCAGUAUUCUGCUUAUAUUUCUAUUUUUUAAAAUAAUCAUUAAUCCCUAAAUAACACUUUCCCUCCAUUAUAAGUAAUUGAAAAUAUUAAUUGACCUUAAACCAACCUCAAAUGUAGAAAAGUGAACACUGAAACUCAUUGUGAUUUUCUUAUACGUUCUGUUGACACACAUAAAGGCUUACAAUUAAUUAGUAAUUAUAAAAUGGGAAUAAGGCCUUGAUUAAUGACAUUGUUCUUUUCUACUUUAUCUUCACUUUUGCGUUGACAUUCUUUUGAUUUACAAUUUAUAAACACCAAAUAUCAGUCUUAUAUUCCAGCCUAUUUUUCUGAGUGCUGUAAGCAGUUCGAUACUAUGAUCUUUCUGUUUGAAAAUAAAAUCAGCUUUGCUUCCAGGUCUAAUUUGUGAUGCUCAAAAGACUGUGAAGAGUGUGACCUUCACUGAUGCCAUUAGGUGGAGCUUUUCCCUAAAGUUUGUCCUUUAACCCAGUCUCUCCCCAUUUGUGGAUGUACUCUGGAGCCAGAAAAUUCUUGCUGGCAGAGUUCUUAUGGUGAGGAAGGCAUCCAACUCUGCCUACCCUUUCUCAGUGGAGGGAAUUUCUAGAGAUGCCCUUUAUUAGGUAAGAAAAUGCAACUUUACAUUCAUUUACCCCACAUCUGCAUUACUUAGUUUCUAAAUAUAAUAAAUUUACUAUUCACUGUUUAGAACCUAAUUCUGACCAAAAUAUUGUCCUUCUUUCCUGGAAAUGAGAGUUACAGAAGAUACUCAAAAUCCAGAGACUAUUUUCUAGGCUACAGACACCAAAGGCCCCAAGUCCCCAGAUGUCAUACAAUCUCAUGUUAGCAUCACAGAGACCUAGUUACUUUGAGCAUCACUCAGCUUUUCUUCAGUCCUGCCUGUCAGGAAAAAAAAAACAAAAAAAAAACGCUUAUCCUGAAAUCCAGGGAAAUGUCACUGUUUUUUUUUGGCCACACCACGCAGCUUGCAGGAUCUUAGUUCCCUGACCAAGGAUUGAACCCAGGCCCUCAGAAGUAAAAGCGUGGAGUCCUAACCACUGGACUGCCAGGGAAUUCCCAUUAAUUAAAUAUUUUCUCAAAAAUAAAGAAUCUAGUUACUGAUAAAGUUGGAAACAACACAACCAGGGUUUUGGAACACACAAACUAAUUGUAAACUGUAAGCCAGGUUUCAUUUCCAAGUCCAAUCUCCCCAGCCUCCUAGGGAAUUUAGAUUUAUUCUAUGUUGCAAGUUUUAAAAACAAGGUAAGCAACUGCCAGCUACAAUAUCGAUAGUUAUUACUGGCUUCAAGAGAGCUUUGUCUUAUGAGCAGUUUCUCCUUGUUGGGAAGAGAUGUGUUACGUGAUGAGUGUGACAUUUUAUGCUUGUGGGCUUUGGCUUUUAUGUCAUUUUAUGCUCAUGGGCUUUGGCGGAAUAAAACAAUGCAUCUAUACAGCUGCACUGUCUUUUCCCAGAGUUCCCCCCUCUGAAGAACCAGAACUGUGACACUGAUCACAUUACUUGCUACUGAUUUUUUGUUAAGCCUAACUCAUCCUAAAGAUGCUGCCUUAAGGUUACUUUUUUCUUGUUUCAUGGAAAGUGAGUUAUUUCAUGACAUGAGAAAUAACCAGUACACAAUAAAAAUAUUAGAUGGGAUACCUGUAUAAUAAUUGCAUAUGUAAGGCAUACAUUAAAUGCACUUCUAAGUCAGUCUUCUGUGUUUAAGACGAUGGACUUAGUAGAAAGAACUUGAGUUGGACAUAACUGGAUUUAAUUCCUGGCUUUAACACUCUGUAGUUAUGCAACCUUGGCCCAGUCAUUUAACCUCUUUAGGCUCCUGUAUCUUUAGGAUAGCAGUUCUCAAACAUUUUGGUCUCAGGACUGCUUACACUCUCAAAACUAUUGAGGAUCCCAAAGAGUUCUAUAUAGCUCUUUUAUUGUAGCAGGAAUUAAGAUUUAAGAUUAAGAUUUAACCCAUUACAUACUAGCAAAAAUAGUACAUUUUUAUUUUUAAAUUAAUUAUUUUCCCAAACAAAAAUUAGUGAGAAG